CAGACACACACAACAAACAACCACCACACAUUUCUGAGGUGAUCUUUUUCCUCCCCGAGAGGUUCGCGGAGACACAGCGCGUUAUUUAUUUAUAUCGUGUGUGAGCCUGACAGUCAGCCGCGGCGGACAAACUGCGUGUUCACGCGGAGAGGUCGGACUUCUUUGGCUGGGGAAAACACACCGAAACACACGCGAAAAGACUCCCGUCCGGUCGCCCCCCUCCUUCUUUUAUUUCCUGUCAGUUUUUUUUCUUGCGAUUUAUUUCCUGCUGCCAAACCAGGAACCCGGGACUGAGCCCCUUCUCCGAGGAUGAAAGAAAACUAGAUUUGUGAUCGAGGCUUUUGAGGUUGUUUUUACUGGAUUUAUUUCGCUGUGGAGGAAAAGAGAUCCGGGAGCGGAGCGGUGCGCAAAAAAAAAGAAAAGAAAAAGAAAGCCGAGGUCCGUGCGAUUUUGCUAAAAUGCAUCAUCAACAGCGGAUGGCAGCUUUGGGAACAGACAAGGAACUGAGUGACUUACUGGAUUUCAGCGCGAUGCGAAACAGCGAUUUGAAAAUGUUCCCAACAUCCAUGAUGUUUUCCCCUCCUGUUAGCAGUGGAAAGAACGGGCCGACCUCCCUGGGGAGCGGACAUUUCUCCGGCUCAAAUAUGGAAGAGAGGACGAGUGCAGGAUCAUGGGCGAGUGGAAGUCGCUCUUCCAAGAGUUAUGCAGAUGGGUCUCAGUACAUGGCCUCACAUGACAGCCUCUCACCUCCAUACGCCAACUCCAGGCUAACAGGUAAAACAGAGAGGAGUUCGUACUCGUACGGCAGAGAGUCCAACCCACACUGCCACCAGUCAAUACUUGGUGGUGAGCUGGGUUUGGGGAGUCCGGGCGCGGCGUCUCCCACCAAGCCAGCCGGGCAGUACUACCAGCACUACAGCUCCAACCCGCGAAGGAGAACACUGCACAUGGACACCAUGGACAUUCACACAAAAAAAGUGCGGAAGGUCCCUCCCGGCUUGCCGUCCUCAGUGUACGCUCCGUCUGCCAGUACAGCCGACUACAACAGGGACUCACCGGGUUAUCCCUCCUCCAAACCUCCCAGUGCUGGCUUCCCAAGCUCAUUCUUUAUGCCAGAUGGUCACAGUGGUGAUCCCUGGAGCAGCAGUAGUAGCAGUAUGAGCCAGCAAGGUUACCACAGCAGCAUGCUGGGAGGUGGGAACUCAGCCCACGGCCCCGCCCAGAGCUCCUCCUACUGCGGGAUUCACCCUCACGACAGACUGAGCUACCCAUCGCACUCGUCUGCAGAUAUCAGCUCCAGCCUUCCUCCCAUGUCCAGUUUCCACCGAGGGGGAGGGAGCGGAGGCGGGACCAAUCACUACAGCACCGCCUCUUGCACCGCCCCCACCAACGGCACAGACAGCAUCAUGGCUAACCGAGCACAGAGCGGAGCAGCCAGCAGCUCUCAGACAGGGGACGCCUUAGGGAAAGCGCUCGCAUCGAUUUACUCUCCAGACCACACGAAUAACAGCUUCUCGUCCAAUCCCUCCACCCCGGUUGGCUCCCCACCCUCCCUCACAGCUGCCAGUUCAGCUGUUUGGUCGAGGAACGGUGGACAGGGAGCGUCGUCGCCAAACUACGAGGCUCCGCUGCACUCUCUGCAAAGUCGUAUAGAGGACCGUCUGGAGCGUUUGGAUGAUGCCAUCCAUGUACUGCGGAGCCACGCGGUGGGACCGUCUACGGGUAUGGCCAGUGGGCACGGCGACAUGCACAGCCUCAUCGGGGCCGCACAUACGCACAACGGUGCCAUGGGUGCUCUGGGCAGCGGGUAUGGGACAGGACUGCUGUCGGCCAACAGACACUCCCUCAUGGUGGGCUCUCACAGAGAAGACGGCGGCGGCGUGGGCGGUUUGCGCAGCGGACACUCAAUGGCGGGUCAGGUGCCGGUGCCUCAGCUGCCGGUGCAGUCAGCCACCUCGCCAGACCUCAGCCAGCCCGACCCCUACCGCGCUCUGUCCGGAGGCCUUCAGGGCCAGAGCACCUCCUCCGUCAGCUCAGAGAUCAAGUCUGAGGACGAGGGGGACGAGAACCUCCUGCAGGACACGAAGUCCCUGGACACCAAGAAGGAGGACCCCGACAGCAAGGAGCUCAAAGCUAUUGAUAGGUCAAGAUCUAGCAACAACGACGACGAGGACCUGUCUCCAGAGCAGAAGAUGGAGCGAGAGAGGGAACGGAGGAUGGCCAACAACGCACGGGAGCGCCUGCGCGUCCGCGACAUCAACGAGGCAUUCAAGGAGCUGGGCAGGAUGGUCCAGCUGCACCUGAAGAGCGACAAACCUCAGACCAAGUUACUGAUCCUGCACCAGGCCGUGGCUGUCAUCCUCAGUCUGGAGCAACAAGUCCGAGAGCGAAACCUGAACCCCAAAGCGGCCUGUCUGAAGCGCCGCGAAGAGGAGAAGGUGACUGUGACGUCGGACGGGACUCCCCUCUCACUGGCCGCCGCGCACCAUGCCGCUGCCGCCAUGGGCGAUGGGUCAAACCCCAUGGGACAAAUGUCUAAGGUGCCAGAGUUCAUCAAGAUGAUGAGUGACCACUUCCUCUGAUGGCGUUUCCAUGACAACCCAGCAAUCGAUCAAACCCGUUGUUGCUUCAGCCUGACCAAUCAAAUCCAAUCAGCCUCUUUCUCUCCUCUCGUCUGUCGUCUCUGAUCCUCCUCUACGCCUUUGUCUCCUUCUUCUGUCGAGAACACAAACUGCAGAGUCACAUUAGUCGCUUUCGUCACUUUGCAUCUCCAGCUGAAGUGAACUGGAUGCUGCUUUGUGGAGACGUUAAAAAAACGGCCGCUGUACGGCGGCUGCUGCAAAGUGGCAGUUUGUGGGAGCUUUUCACACGACGUGACAGCAAUGGACAAAAGUCUUUGGAAUCACAUCAUCCAAGAAAUUUUUCUUGUACUACUUGUUUUAUCGGCAUUCCCAGUUUUAAAGAACAAAAGGGUUCUAUAUAUAAAUAUAUAUAUAGUAUAUAUAUAUAUGAGAAAAGGAAAAAAGAUGAAAAACUUGUUUUUAAAAAAGCGCAACUGGGUGCGAGCAGUGAGGAGGCUAGGGGUUGGAGAGGGUUGUUCAGAAUGGAACAAAACAUAUCACAAAGUGUUUAAAGAAUUUCUUUUUUUUUUGUUGUUCUUUUUUUAAAAGCAACAUUGCGCAGCUGUUGUUGAAUGCAGCCUCAGCGCAUUUCUGACUGAAUGGCAAUCUAACGCCACACUGUGGAUGAAGCUGUGCCUGAUCUCCUCUUGGAUGCAAACCAGUCAGAUAGAUAUACACGGAGAAGCAAAGCAAACAAAACUGACAAAGAACAGGAAAUUUCCAGGAAGUAUCACGGAAGCAGGCUGUACACUCAUACAUCCCCUUAGAAAACCACACAUCUUCAAGUAUAGAUUCAAAUGAAGGAGAGCUUAGGAAACAAAAAUCCGUUGUGACCCUACUGCGUUUCAGAGAUGCCAGGAUUGCUGAGUGAUCUGAACAAAAAAAAAAACAAGUUCACAAAUGCUUUUUGACUAUCACUGAUGCCUAGAAAUAAGCAGGGCGAACCAAGAAAAGGGCCGGCACGUUCUUCCCCUUCCAAUGCAUUCCCUCCUAAACAUUUAGGUUCUCAGUGUAAAAAAGAUAUGAACAUUUACGUUUACGUAUUUUUAGUAGUGAUUCGUUCUAAUAGCCACGUUGACAUUUCUUCAGACUGCAGAACUGUAUGAACUUAGUGUGAACACAAAUACAAAAACCCUUAAUAGUUGUGCCCAAAUAGCCCGUGUGUAUCUACUGGGAGGAAGAGAGUACUAAGAGAAUCAAUCAUUGAAUCAAUUAUUCAAUCAGUCAGUGAGAGACUCCAGAGAGUUUGGGAUGUUUAAAUUACUGACAGCAUAGGGAUUACAGGUGAAAGACAGGAAGUAGUAUCAUGCAGUAAUGCAAAAGUGUACUUCUAAACGCGGCAGAAAGGCAAAGCUUUUCUCGACAUCUUCAACAGCACCUGAGAUUGUUGUUGAAGGUUUGUGGUGCAGACACAAAAACCAUGACAAAAAGAAAGCUCUAGCAAACAUCCCGAAUCAAAGUUCUUUGCUGGAUGUUUGACAGCAUUGGCAGAGCAGGCAGAGAGUCGAGACUGGUGUUCAAACUGUUCCUGAAAUCGAAGGAUUAUUGGGCAGAUGGUUGAGUGGAUGGCUAGAUGAAAGACAAGACAGACAGAUAGAUGGAUGGGUGGAUGAGAGGGAAGAGGGCUGGACUGAGCACUGAAGUGAAAUCUAUUCCACGUUUAGCACAUUCCCUGAAUCACAAUCACUCUACUUGAAUCGAGUGCUCCCCAUGUCCUGAAGGCCUGAACUACAGGUGGGGUGGUCAUGGAAGGGGAAGCAGGAUUGAGGUGGACCAUCAUAUUGAGGAGUUAGAGCUCGAGGGAGAGAAAAAAAAACAGAGAAUCCAGAAGUCUAAAUGGCGAUGACACCGCAGGGCAAGCAAGGGAACAAUCAUUGGGAUGAGGGGUGUAUAAUCUUCUUCUGGGGGCCAAGCAGCAGUAGUCAAAGCAUUCCUGUAUUGGAUUCAUUAGCUCCCCUCAUUUCCUGAUUUAGCAUCUGUCCAAACAUAACCCUAAAUCUCUAAGCCCAAAUUCAGACUUCGCUCCUGCCCCAAGUACCAGUCCUGGGGGGCGGGGGAGGCUUUCUGAAUGACACUUGCUUUUUGGCAAAAUAACGGACAAGUCUUUGUCAUUGUUGCUUCAACUUUCAUUGCAAUCCUUUGCCUGUUGGUGUUACAGUGAUGACUGGUAAAUAGAAAUGGAGCUUGAAUAAUCUCUACUUUUCUGGUACAAUCCAUUGCAUUGUAGACACUCAAAUCUGAUCUGGAAUCCUGCAGUUCUAAUGGGAUUCCUGUUUGAGAAGAGAACUAUUUGGACUGGUUGGUACAGUACAACCACACACCAGGAGCUGGGAGGAAUGUAAGCAAAAAAAAUUGCCUCAUAAGUCACUGCAGUUUUAGGAUUGGAUACCCAGAUCAGUCAAAUGUCAGAAGAGUCUGGCUCAUGCGUGACAGCCAGAUGAGGUUUCAGACAGACCCUCAGCUGCUUUGGACGAGUGUUUCUCCCCAAAAUCAAACCAGAGUAUUCCACAGAGUGUUGUUCAGGGAGAAAGCUUAAAGACUAGUUGGAAUAUCUGCAACAUCUGUUGUUUUCUGGUGUCAGUCUGAAAGCCCCCUUUCACCCUCACCCUGAUUUAAACCCUUCUCAAUCCAGGCCCAUGUUUAUUCCCCAGUCCCGGUUCUGUCUUCUCUGCUGACCCUAGCCUUAUUAGCCCUGAACGAGCGUCCUAGCCCCUCUCCCCAGCCUCUUGCCCCAUCCAAGCAGUCCCACAGAUGCAAUUUGAACAUUCACACUUCUACCAAUGUGCCUUUUUAGAGUUCAUAUCAUUCGAGUUACCAGAGGAGGACAUUUACCUGAUCUUUUAAUAGGAUGCAAGCUUAGGGAAACCUGUUCUUAGUCGUUAGGUUCUAUGCAGUCAGGUUUUUUACCAGACCUGGGAAUUUAAAAAAAGCUAAAAAGGAAAAAAAAGUAUUUUUUGGAUAAAAAAAAACAAAAAACAAAACUGUAUUUAAUGUACUGUACGCUUAUAUGUAAGUAGACAGCGUGUUCUGGCUUUAAGCCAAUGGGACAGACGCUUGAUUUAGCAAGACGAGCCCCCGUCCCAGUCCUCCCCGUCCCCCCCCCCCAAGUCCUCCAUAAUCCCCCAACCUCACUUUCCUGUUCCAAGCCCCAGCCCUGUUUCCACGGUGAACAACGCGUCUCUUCUUGUAUUAUAGCUUAUCAGCUUUUUAUCAAUAUUUGAUCGGCUUGUCCGUAAGCCAAUGUAGUCUUCAGUACAAAGUGUGUGGUUGUAUGUUGUAAAACAGAUUUUCUUUUUUUCUCUCUCUCUCUCUCUCUGUUUUUUAAGAAGAAUCUUUUCUCUUAUUACUUUUCCUUUGUCUGUUCUGGUUUACAUGUCUAUUACAGAAAAUGUAAAAAAAACAAAAAAUAAAAAAAAACAAACAAAUAAAAAAACUAAACAAACAAAAAAAACAAUACAAUUCUCUAUCCGACAGCAUUGUUCUCUGUCGGUGGUCAUUUUGACGCGGUUAAAAUCCUACCCAAUCAACAGGAAGGCACGGAAACUGGAAAAGAAUCUAUUUGAAUAAAUCAAUCUAUAUAUAAAUGUACAAAAAAUAUAUACGAUAUAUAAGGAGGGUGCCGUUUUCUGUUAUUUUUUUAUUUUCUGUUGCAAAGGAGUGUUUGCUUGGGGAGGAAUUAUUUUCUCAAAGACUGAACUGGCAGAAGUUGGCGAGGCCCCUCAGUGUUAUAAAUUUUCAACUGACUUUGUUGUGUUCUCUGUUGUUGCCAUGACAGCACCCUCUGACUAGUACGGCACCCUGCACAGGACAAAACGGGACUGGAGUUCCAUCAGCUCCAUUCACUGCUAUCUAUCCAAGGCAACAACACACAGACAUUUGUAAAUUGUAUGCAACAAAAUGGCAAACUUUACCAUUAUUUUGAAAUUGUGUAUGUAAAAGUUAUAUUUUUACAUGUAGACUGUUGUUAUUUUGUGUUUUAGAAAUAUGUUGUAUUGGGUUUUUUUUUUGUUAAAAGAUGAAAAAGUAAAAUUCAGUGUGUGUUGAAAAAAUGUGUCACAUUGAAAAUGUAGUGAGGUCAAAAGUUCCAAACUUUUUUUUUUUUUAAUUAGUUUUUGGGUUUUUUUGUUUUGUUUUGUUUUUUUGGUUUAACAUUUGUUUAUAUCUGUGGGGAACAUUUUUGAGGGUUUAAGGGAGGAAUCAUAAAUCAUAAAAGAUAUAUGAUAUCAGUUUAAUUCUCCAUGCCUCAUGACAUUACCAUUUUUAAUUGUAUUUUUUGCAGAGAAAUGUGUAAAUAGUCAUAAAACAUUUUCCGUGGGGGUUUCUGUCGGGUGAGGGCUUGCCAGUGAGAGGCAGUGAUGAUGAUGAUGAUGAUGAUGAUGAUGAUGAUGAACUUGUUUUGAGUUUUAGUGAAGUUGUAUUCGUCCGGUUACAAUAGCCAGGUGCCAACUUUUAGUUACGGUCCGUGGUGCUCAGUACUGUAUUUGGUUUGGGUUGCCGACCUUCUGAGAUGUAAGAAGUCAAAUUAUUGUCUUGGCUUGUACCAAGAAUCACUCCUCUCAGAGCCAGCACGAGCCACUUUUGGGGCUGUGUGAAGGAAAACAACUUUCAAACCUAAAAAGAAAGAAGUGUUCCAUAAAAUGUUUUUCAUACAUGAUAUUCAAAUUAAGAAUUAAUCAAAAACACAUGAUAUCAGAACUCUAAAAUACGCUACUUAAUGUUUAAUUGCUUACCUUAUGACAAUAAUUCCACUGAGGGAACCACCGAUCACUCCCCCCUGUGGCUUUGGGCUGGCUCUGACUCCUGUGAAUUUAUUUCCAAAUGGCUUGUAAAUGUUAAUUAAAUGACAGACCCUCAGCACCUGAUUCAAAAUUAAUAUAUGAAAAUUUUGUUAAGGAUUGGAGUGUUGCUAAUUUAAAAAAACAAAAAGCAGGUCGUCAGCAAACAAUCUUAUCAGCUAUUUCCCCAAAAAGAUAUCAGAUCAUGUGCAAGGCAGUUUCAGUCGUUUCUUUUUAGUGUUUGCCAUUAAAAUUGAGCUUUUUGUCAAAAGGAAAAGCUGCUUUGAAUUGGACCUAGGUUAAACACUAGGAUUGAAUCUGUCAGUGUAAGUGCUAAAUGUAUUUUUUAAGUAAUGUUAUUUUUACGAUGCUUCAUUUCAUAUUUUCUUUGUUGUAUAAUCAAGUCAUCUCCCGAACUACAGUAUCUUCAUUUUUAUGUUACCCCUGAUGUUUCUAUUAGCCAAAAUGUUAACUUUUUUUUCUUUUCCCUCCUUGUUGUACAUACACACCUCAUUUCUCUUUUUCAGUGACUGUGCCAUGAGCUUUGUAAUCUGUUACUCUGUACCAGUUUUACUGCAAUAAUGAGUUGAAUUCAAAAUGGCCACUCCUGUCCUUUGUUUUCUGAGCGAUGUUAGAAACAGGAAGCAUUUCUCCCUUUUCUCACUGUAGCAAACCCAAAUACAUUUGGAACUGCACCAGAGAUUAUCACCACCCAACAUAAGCAGCACAACAAAACUGAAAAGUUGGUACAUUUAUAUCAUACUGAGCUCAAUUAGCAGUUUUUCAUACAAAAAAAAAAAAAAAAAUUGGCACAAAUCAUCAGUGUGGAUGCUGAUGUGCCACUUUUUACAGAAAAUUA